AUGGGGGAUACGAGCCUGAAGAGAAGGAGAGAAGAUGAGAAGUCCAUUCAGAGUAAUGAACCCAAAACCACAAAUCUCCAGAAAGAGGUGGGUCUUCUCAGCGGCAUCAGCAUAAUCGUGGGCACCAUCAUCGGCUCCGGCAUCUUCAUUUCCCCCAAGUCUGUGCUCAGCAACACCCAAGCCGUAGGACCCUGCCUCAUCAUCUGGGCCAUCUGCGGGGUCGUGGCGACGCUGGGCUCUCUGUGCUUCGCCGAACUUGGCACCAUGAUCACCAAGUCCGGAGGCGAGUAUCCUUACCUGAUGGAGGCCUUUGGCCCCAUUCCUGCCUAUCUCUUCUCCUGGACCAGCCUCUUCGUCAUCAAGCCCACCUCUUUUGCCAUCAUCUGCCUCAGUUUCUCUGAGUACGUCUGCGCGCCCUUCUACUCUGGCUGCCAGCCGCCCGUGGCUGUGGUCAAGUGCCUGGCCGCGGCCGCCAUUCUGUUCAUCACCACGGUGAACGCGCUGAGCGUGCGGCUGGGGCGCUACGUGCAGAACUUCUUCACGGGGGCCAAGCUGGUCAUCGUGGCCAUCAUCAUCAUCAGCGGGAUGAUCCUCCUGGCCCAAGGAAACACAAAGAACUUCAAAAAUUCCUUUGAGGGUUCACAAGUAUCUGUGGGAGCCAUCAGUCUGGCAUUUUAUAACGGACUCUGGGCCUAUGAUGGAUGGAAUCAGCUCAAUUAUAUCACAGAAGAACUCAGAGAUCCUUUCAGGAACCUCCCCCUGUCCAUUAUGAUUGGGAUCCCGCUGGUGACGGUGUGUUAUAUUCUCAUGAACAUUUCCUACUUCACCGUGAUGACCACGACGGAACUGCUGCAGUCCCAGGCUGUGGCUGUGACUUUUGGGGACCGUGUUCUCUACCCUGCCUCUUGGGUGGUUCCACUUUUUGUGGCAUUUUCAACCAUCGGUGCUGCCAAUGGGAGCUGCUUCACAGCCGGCAGACUCGUGUACGUUGCAGGCCGGGAAGGUCAUAUGCUGAAAGCACUCUCUUAUGUCAGUGUUAAGCGCCUAACUCCAGCUCCCGCCAUCAUCUUUUAUGGCAUCAUAGCCACUAUUUAUAUCAUCCCUGGGGACAUCAACUCAUUAGUCAAUUACUUCAGUUUUGCUGCAUGGCUGUUUUAUGGCAUGACGAUUCUAGGACUCAUUGUGAUGAGAUUUACAAGGAAAGACCUGGAAAGACCUAUCAAGGUGCCCAUUUUCAUUCCCAUCGUGAUGACUUUACUCUCAGUGUUUUUAGUAUUGGCCCCAAUCAUCAGCGAGCCUGCACUGGAGUACCUCUACUGUGUAUUAUUUAUACUAAGCGGCAUUAUUUUUUACUUCCUUUUUGUCUAUUACAAGUUCGGAUGGGCUCAGAGAAUCUCAAAACCUGUUACCAUGUACCUUCAGAUGCUAAUGGAAGUUGUCCCUCCAGAAAAGGAACCUGAGUAA